CCUUUGACACCCCCAGCCCUGUCUCAGGCCCCUGCCCUCUCCCCAGCAUGGAGGAGUGUGAGGCCCUGUGCACCUGGCUGGCCAUCAUGGUGCGGGCGCAGUUCAAGUGUCUGGGCAGCCCCCAGCACCUCAAGAGCAAGUUCGGCAGUGGCUACUCCCUGCGGGCUAAGGUGCAGAGCGAAGGGCAGCAGGAGGUGCUGGAGGAGUUCAAGGCCUUCAUGGACCUGACCUUUCCAGGUAGCAUCCUUGAAGACAAGCACCAAGGCAUGGUCCAUUACCAUCUGCUGGGCCAAGACCUCAGCUGGGUGAAGGUGUUUGGCACUCUGGAGCAAGUCAAGAAGAAGUACAUGCUGGACGAUUACUCAGUCAGUCAGGUCACCAUGGAGGACGUCUUCCUGAGCUUCGCCUGCCCUGUGCCCCUGGUCCAAAGUGAAGACCAACGAGAGCAAGCAGAGCAGGUGUUUGGCACUCUGGAGCAAGUCAAGAAGAAGUACAUGCUGGACGAUUACUCAGUCAGUCAGGUCACCAUGGAGGACGUCUUCCUGAGCUUCGCCUGCCCUGUGCCCCUGGUCCAAAGUGAAGACCAACGAGAGCAAGCAGAGCAGGUGGGCUCCUCAUCGUGCUCGCUGCCUCCUUCCCUGCCUCCCUCUCAGCUUUUCUCUCCGCCUCCCUCCCUGCCUCCCUCAGAGCCUGUCCUGCUGUAAUAAGGACAGACCAGUGCCAGGUUGGCCCAGGUGCGCAUGGCCUGCCCUGGGUUUCCAGGGCUUACAGAGACAGCUCUCGGCCCAGCUAGCUCAGCACAGGGCUGUCCCCCUAACUGCAGUGCACGGAGCAGAGUGGGGCCCACUGGAGAACUUAAGAGGCCUGCUGGAGAACCCAGAAUCCCCUGCCCAGAUGGUUUGUCCAUCCAGUGCACUCCCUCCCAGGGCAGGCCAUGCCGCCCAACACACCCUGAGACGCGAGAUGCAGCAAAGCAGCGGCUCUGCAGAACUGCAGGGGGAGUUUGGAUGGGUGCGUGGAGGUUUCCACACGUGUGCAGAUCCUUUGGAAAGCAGGAUAGAGCCAGAAACAGAGAGGAGGGUGCCCGUAGGCCAGGGUGGGGCUGGCUUCCAUGAUCACAUGCAAGAGUGAAGCUUCAUGGAGACCAUGAUUCUAAACUCACACCUGGCCUCACAGGUGGUAAUGUCACUGUUCUUCUGAAGGAAGGAGGAAAUAUUGACAAGUUUGCUAGCCUAAGUCAGGAUGUUACAAUAUUUAAAUAUUUGGAUGUGCGCUUUCAUCUUCUUCCCUGGCUCCUGCAAAUUUAGGGCUGCAUGUGAUCCUAUAUCCACCCAUGAAGUGGACAGCGCCCCACCUCCCACAUGGGUAGACUGGCUUAGAGGCAGCCAGUAACUUCCCACGUCAACAGGCAGGGGAGCCAGGGUUGCA